UCUAACAAAGUCAAAUCAUAAAAAUAUUUUGAUUUCUGGUCUUGCUUUUGCUAUGUGUUGUCUUAUGUGCUGGUUGCCCUAAUUUUGUUUUAGAUUUAUUCUGUAUGAAUACAAUAUUGCUCAAAUUUAGAUCCUCUAUUUUUCUGGCGAUUGUCAUCUAGUUACUUAUCGCCACAAAUUCUACUUAAACGGAAUAAUUGAUGAACGUUUAAAAGAAUUUAGUUUUAUGAAAGCAUUUCUUUUUUUCUGUGUAAAGUUUUAAAUUGGAUGCCGAAGGUGUGAUACAUUACUUGAAACAAGUGUGUCUUAAAGUGCUAACGUAUGCCUUAUUGAGAUUUGUCACGAUGUCUUCUUCGUUCACCGAUUGCUACGAUGGUAGCAAAAUAUUCUCAUUUCUCUCCAAUAGGAUUGGUCUUCCAAUUGACCUAGUUAAUUUUUUGAUCGCACAAAUAGCUGCACUUUGCCUGGCCAGACUUUUUCGGAAACCAUUAAGAGUUGCUUCUCCAGAAUUUCGUCAUAUGGUAUGCCUUGUUAUAGGUUUGCUUAUGGGAUAUUUCUGCUUUGGAAAACAAGCAAUUCACUUAUCAGUGCUUCCAAUGAUAACAUAUGUUCUUCUGAAAAUAUUUCCACAACAUAUAAUAGGAAAUAUUGUUUUAGCUAUGUCUAUAGUUUAUCUUUCAUGCAUACAUUUACAUCGACAAAUUUAUCAUACUGCGGAUUACACUCUUGAUAUAACAGGACCCUUGAUGGUUAUAACUCAAAGGGUGACGUCACUGGCGUAUUCACUGCAAGAUAAUUUAAUAAGGAAAGAAAUUAAUGCGAACUCUACAGGAAAUCUGAAUGAUAAGAAUAGAAUUGACAAGGUACCGUCGCCGUUGGAAUACUUUGCGUAUACAUUGGCGUUUCAGACACUUAUGUGUGGACCUGUUGUGUUUUAUCCCGAUUAUAUCAGCUUUAUUGAGUGUGUUCGAGAUGAUGGGAUGGCAAAGGAUAAAGUGGGAGAGAGCGAGCCUUCGCCAAGACGCGCAGUGAUAUACAAAGUAGCUGGAUCUGUGGCCGCUGCUCUGCUCUACUUGUCUCUGGCAAAGAAGUACCCAAUAAAAGCUUUAGAAGGUCUAGUAGACCCAACAUCAGAAGUUUCUCGUUCUUGGUCAGCCGUAUACCUACUCUGGUAUGCGUACCUAUCAACUUUAGUCGUAAGAUGCAAGUAUUACCACGCUUGGCUGCUCUCUGAGGCAAUUUGUAAUAACUCUGGCAUGGGUUUCAACGGAUAUGACAAUGAUGGAACGCCGAAGUGGGAUAAAAUGUCUAAUAUUGAUGUUUUUGGAUUUGAGUUUGCACAAAACAUGCGCGUGGCAAUAGCCAGUUGGAACAAAAAUACGAACGCGUGGUUACGUACAGUCGCGUACGAAAGGGGCGGCGCCGCCUGGCGAACGGCCCGUGUAUACUCGCUGUCCGCGGUAUGGCACGGCUUUCAUCCGGGUUAUUAUAUGACAUUUUUCGCAGGGGGACUCUUUACUGAAGCUGCUAAAAAGGUCCGAGUUGUUGCCAGACCGUUGUUCCUAAACAGCGCUAUUAGCAAGUUAUUCUAUGACUCGCUGACGUUUCUCACGACACGUGUAGCGAUGACAUAUGCCACUGUUCCAUUUGUACUGUUGCAUCUGUCACCGAGUCUCGCAUUCUAUGGGCGUCUAUAUUAUUCGCUACACUUCUUAGCUCUGGGAGCUAUGUUGUUGCCAAAAUCGAGACAUGCCAUCGCUUCUCAAACGGAACCGCGCAAGUCGAACAGUAAAAGUAUCGAAACCAAUGGUGAAGCUAACGGAAAAUUAAAAAUCUCCUAAAUACAAUAUUUAAGUGUUAACGGAUCUUGACUUAUUUCGUUACAAUCGAAAUUUAAACUGAUGAUAAGGAAAUAAUUAAAAUAAUCGUUGUAUUUUUUAUACCUAUGUAUAGUUAAUAUAAAAUAUUACAAAAUCUUUACAUAUUAUGUCAAUAGUAAUGUUGUUGAAAUGUAAACCAUAAAUUAUUGUAAACACUUAUGAAAAUACAGGAAUCACGAUAACUCGAAUGUCAAAAGUACGGCGAAAAAAUUCGAGUUAACGAGUUUUCGACCUAACAUGAACUGUUGAAAUUUCGACUUCGAAUCGAAUUUCGAGUCGAAUUUGAAUUCAGUAUAUAUUUUUAUGAAUGUAUUAUUUCAUUGCACGUGUACAAGACACAAAAACAAUAUAUUAGAAGCCCCGAACCCGAACAUUCAUUUUGGAUUUUAUUCCUAUUAUUUUGGGGAAUUCUAAGUAAGACGUCAUUAUAUUUUAUUAACUACAACUUACAGUCUCGUUUUUUAAAUUCAAAAGUAUAAAUAUGUAUUGUCCUCACUUCGUAUGGAAAUACCAUUUUGUUCGAGUUACAAAGUCUAAACAAAUGGCAUUUUUUUUCGACUUAACGGGUUUCGAGUUAUCGAUAUUCCACUGUAAUACAUUAUGAUCUUCUGUAGACACAUUUAAUUUGUAUUUUUAGCUUUUACAAAAUGACAUGAAAUGGACCAAAAUUUGUCAUUAUUUUAAUCAAGUUUAUUUUCCAGUGCAGAUUGCCCUGAACUACACAUACUAUUUAUAAUAGCUGGAAAGUUUGUUAUUCUGGUUAAUCUAAUUCCAGAAACUACUGGUUUUAAUUUAAGUUCUUCAUUUUAAGUUUCUUUCUCAUUUUUUUUUAAAGUUUGGUAAAUUAGGUGUUUACAUAAAAUUAGGCAUAAAGAUAGAUUUAAAAAUAAUCUUUUUAUCAGUCUUACUAAUGCAAUAACUACUUUUCUAUAAAGAUCCGUGUUGCAUAUAGUAUAUAUAAUCUAACAUUGCACAAAAAUCUACCUCCAAUCAUAGUAUUGAUAUAUAACAAGAUAUAUUAUUUUUAUUUAUUUUAAUAUAACGUAACCUUCGCAAGGUUAGUUGGAUGAUUACUGUUAAUUAUUACGGAGAUUAUUCAUGUUGGGAAUAAAAUAUUGUUUUUGCUGGUUUAAAUAAUAUUUAAUUUUUAUUGACUUAUUUUGCCGUAUUUACAUAUAGUUAUUUAAAAGGUUAUUAUAAAAUUAUUUUAUAUUUAUUAGGGUUUUUUAAAUGCAACAUAUCAAUAUAUUUUGACUAGAAGACUAAAUGACUCGAAAGCAUUAAAUAAUUUUUUAAGUGUCAGUAAAUUUAGUGUAUAAUAAUGCUGACAGCAUUAUUUUUUUUAGAAUUAACGACAACAGUCUAUGAAGCCUAGAUUACAGCGUUUUUACGCUCUGUAUAUAAUAAAUCCGAAUGGAUAAUUUGACCAAUAUUUGAAUUUAUAUUAAAUAAGCUGUUGAAAAAUAUUUGUUUGUUGCCAUAGUUAUUAUGUGUUGCUACCAAUUUAGUUCUUACAAAAACAUGUUUAUGUUUCAACACUGGUUGAAGUUUUAGUAUGUAUUUAAUAGUAUUAUAAUUCAAACACUUAUUAUAUAAGUUAUUUAAGUUAUAAAUAUAAUUUUAUUAAAAAGUAUUUACAAAGUCCAUGAACUAUACUUACUACAGUAUUAGUAAUUACUAAUUAAAAUAUUAUACAAAAAUUAUUAUGUCUACAAUAAUUUUAAUGUUGUUUAUCAUCUAACACAUACCAUACUACGCUGGUAUAGCAGACAAAGGAAUACGAUUUUUCUCAAUUUUUGUAAUCCUGUACUGUGACAAAAUAAAGGAAUUAAGUGUUACAGAAUAUGAUGAUAAUAUGUUGAUAUCUAAUGAAAUAAAUCCACAAUUGUCAGUUUAGCUUUUUUAAUUGUGUUACUGUAAACACAAUAUUUUAAAAAUCUCAACAAGUCAAAAUUAUUUAAUGCAUUACAUUUAGAUAGAACAGUGAGUUUAUGAAUAUUACUGGAGUAAAAUACUGCCAAUUAAUUGUCUUACACUUGUAAAUAAUAUAAACUAGUUUUGUCUACUUGUAUACAUGAAAAUUAGUUCCAAUAGUAGUUACCAUACUAUUUUGAUUAACCAGCAAUAAAACCUAUUAAAUAAAUAAAAACCUUAUGAUUGAAAGGCAGUCAUGGGCCAAUUGUAGCUAUAAUGUUUAGGACUUCUCAUAAACAUCUAUAUAGAUUAUCGCCAUUAAUUAUAAAAAAACAUAUAAGAGCAAGUAUUUACUAAUGGUUGUUACAUUUCUAAAGUAUUCAAUAAAUAUUUAUUUUAUU